AUGGAAACCGCAGUGUUUGUGAGGUAAUUCGUUGCCUGGCAAUAUCGCACAUUGUUUAAGAUUUUUUCCACAAGUAGUAGCGGGUAAGUGCUUUUCGCUCAAAUGUGUAUUAUCCUGUUCCCAUAAGUGCUGUUGAUAUUUCUUAAACAGGUUGAGAAGCAGUCAGACGUCGUUAAUUAUUGUAAUACUAUUGUUGUACAUCGUUAAUGGCAGCAUUAACGUCGUCAACAAGGUUAAAAAACGAGUGUUUGCAGUACUGGGAAAGACCUGUCCGAGUCCAUGUAGGCCAAAGUGUUACCAGGAUUUGUUUAACUUGUUUAUUUCAUGAAGACGGAACCUCUGGUUCAGGUAGAAAAGCGGCUGAAGGAUGUCUGCUGGAGUUUCCUACCUCUGAACCCAUUAUGUAAGUUUUGUAGAACAUGACUUUUGUUCGCCUGCCUUUGAGAGUUACACAGAAUUACAGAUCCUUGCUUAGUAACCUCUGAACAGUUCCGGGGUGUUUUGCAGGAUAGUAGAAGAAUUUUGGAUAAGGAUAACCAAUGUUAGUGAAAGAGAAGAAAAUCAUCACUUUGUUGAUAAGGGUGGCCUGCUUUGCUUCUAGUCACUCUCAAAUCAUCAUCUAAAUGUUACUGGUCAUCCUUUAAAGGUAUGAUUUUAUUAGCCAGAGAAUUUAAUUGACUAAAAAUGUCCUUCUACUUCAGGAAGAAAAAAAAAUCCAAGUUUUGAUACCCUCUGAAACCAAAGUGAUAGUUUUUUGAGUUUUUGAUGAUGGCAUGAACUUAGAAAUGCAUCCUAUGUAACCUUUGGUAUAAAAUAUCCUUUUUUUUUCAGCGAGUAAAGGAAACAUCAUCCAUGGCUGUUUCUGCAGUCAGGAAAUGGUGGAUAACCCACCAGUUAGACAAACUGGACAGCAUUGACCCAAACACAGGGGAAGAUGAAGAGGAAGGAGAAAGGAGGAAGAAGUGUAAGUUGCCCUCACAUAUUUAACAUAGAUUUCAUAUUUGUAAAUAAAAUGUUACUAAAAUGGAGAAUUCACACACAGCUUUGAACUUCAUAGUGACUGUCUGAUGAUGGGUGUACACUGGCACACGAUAUUCUGUUCCUAAAGAUAUGUGGUCAACUGUUGAUAAUGUGGCAUUCACCCCACACCCCAACCAACCCGUGCUGGAUCAUUAUAUAUUAAACAAGCGCUUCUUUGUGAUUGAGAUAAUUGAACCAAUCAGUAGCAGCAUAAUCCCUCUGUAAAAGGGCAGGCUUGUUGGACCAGGGCUUGGUAAGGGUGUGGGCCUGAUGAAAUAUGUAUAUCCAUGACACAUCACUGGAAAAAAAGGCAUGACAUAAUACAUAUUUAAGAUGCUGUAAAUGUCUCCUGUCAGUAUGUAUAAACCUGAGCCAGGCUCUGCGGACCACUCAGCUGCUUCUAGAUUUUGAUGGUGGGCGACCCUUUCUGCGUCUUUCGGCUCCACUAGACCUGGUUAACUUUCCAUCAGUCUUUUUUCCCCGAUGGCCCAUAGAGUGUGAGGUCAUCAGCGACAUUAUCCAUCACAUAGGUAAUUCCAAGCAUGAUUUGACAACAUGAUUUGAGGCCUAAGUGUGUGUGUGUGGAUCAUCCAAAAAGUCUGCAACUAUUUAAAAAUUUUAGGGUCAAAAUUUAGCAUCAACACCUUUUCAACUUGUUAUCCUCUUCUGCUGUUAGUGCAACAAUGUGAUAACACUAUGAGACUGUGUGUUUUAGAGUGGGAUCCCCCAGAGCCAGAGCCUUUCUAUCAGCCCACUGGACAUGAAAGGGCCCCCAUGCAAGCAGGAGAUGAGAGGGGCAAAGUGGUGUACUGCAUAGACCAUGGUAAUAUUUGAUAUCAAGAACCCUUUGUUUGAAGUACCACCAAGUUAUAAUUAUGGCAAACAUCAUCACAGACAGACAAAGUGUCUAGACACAAAAACUGAGCUCCUAAUACUAAUUUUUCCAUUUCCCUCCCUCUUUUAAGCCACUAAGCGCCCUUACUUUACCUGCUCCCGUGUCCGUGGAAGCAGGGGGCCCAUCAAGACCGCCACUUUCUUCGACAUCAACCAGUCAGACUUCACCCUGGAGUUUGAAUCUCGCUUUGAGAGUGGGAACCUCCAGAAGGCUGUACAAGUGUAGGUCUAUGCAGUCUUAUUUACUCAUCUGUUGCUGCUGCUUUAUUGGUGGGUUUGUUGCUGCUCAGUCACUCCUAUUAUCCUUCUUUUUCAGCGGCAUCUAUGACUAUGAGCUCACCCUGCGCACAGACAUGUAUACCAGGAAGAACACACAGUGGUUUUACUUCAGGGUGAGGAACAUGAAGGCCGGAGUGACAUAUCGCUUCACCAUCAUCAACCUGAUGAAGAGAAGCUGCCUGUACUCUCUGGGGAUGAGACCACUCCUCUACUCUGAGAUGGCUGCCAGGGACAAAGGUGUUGGAUGGCAGCGUGCCGGCUCCAACAUUAGAUACUACAGAGGCUACAGUCAGGUAUGUUGACAUGAGGCGGAAAAAAGACACAGUACAUAGUCAUCGACAAGUGACAGCUGUCAUUUUUAGUUGAUGUGAAUAUAGACCAAAUUGAAAUUGGUCUAUAGGCUGUUCACAGGUGCAUUUUUGCUAUUUCUUUGUUAUAUCUUUCUUACAGCCAUUUAAUUCACUAAUAUAUACCAUAUCUCAUCAGACUGAGUAUUUGUGCAGAUAAACAGAAUAUAGUUCAUUUAAGUUCAGCAUGUUUAAACAUAAAAAAAAUGAAGUAGGACCAAGAAUCAAAUUUUUUGUUUGUGAAGUAAAAUGUGGAGGAAAUUCUGUGCUACAUCUUUGCCCUGAGUUAAAAAAGCACACGUGUCUCUGUUUUAGAGCUCACAGGACAUAGAUGGCGACACAGGUCCCCUGUACUCGCUCACCUGGACUCUUCAGUUUCCCUAUGACUCAGACACCUGCUACCUGGCUCACUGCUACCCCUACACCUACUCUCGGCUGCAGCACUACCUGCGAUGCAUCUCCUCCAACCCCACAGUGAGAUCGUUCUGUAAACUGCGCGUGCUUUGCAACAGCCUGGCCGGCAAUGCUGUGUAUAUUAUGACGAUAACAUCUCCCAGCGUUGACAAGGUUGAGAGCAGGAGCAAGAAGGCUGUGGUGGUGACAGCCCGAGUGCACCCAGGGGAAACCAACGGGUCCUGGAUGAUGGAGGGGUUCCUGGACUUCCUGCUUGGAGACUCAGAGGAUGCUCAGCUGCUUAGGGACACUUUUGUUUUCAAGGUUAAUGCCAAAACUCAUUGUAUCUCAUUUGUCCUUCUGUCACUUACUAAUAUCUUCCAAUUUGUUAUAUUUAUAUAUAUUAUUUUAUAAAACUGAAGGUCAAAGAAUCAGCUAAUCAAUGCAUAUGAGCCUGUGCUGAAAUGUUGUCAAAUAUAAUAAAGCCUGUAUGUCUCUUGUUUGCAUUCAUGGUGCAGGUUGUGCCGAUGUUGAACCCAGACGGUGUGGUGGUGGGAAAUUACCGCUGCUCUCUGGCAGGCAGGGACCUCAACAGGAAGUACAAAACAGUGCUCAAAGACUCGUUUCCUUCAGUGUGGCACACAAGAAACAUGGUGGAAAGGUAAGACUGAAGAACAAAAUUGUGUUACUUCUCUGUAUUUUUUUAAUUUUCAGUAAAUUGUAAACAACUGAAAAGUCACAUUACAAAGAAUAUUGAGCUUAUUAAUUCAUGCAAACAAAGACCAUAAAAUGAACAGCCUUUCGGAGGUUUAAUAUAUAUAUAUUGGUAUUUCUUUAUUUAUUCUUUUACUUAUUUACACAUAAAAUACAAAGUGAUGGAUAGAAACACAAACAUGGAUCUUUGCUGCAAACAUACAAGCUUUUAAGAAUAGAUUUAGAGAAUGUUAAAUAAGUCAUAAAAACUUUACAAUAAAAUUAUCAAUGUAGAUCCUAACAUGUAGUUUGCAUGCCCUGUAUUUCUGUGCAACCCUUUUAUGUCAUGCUGUGUACUUCCCCCAGGUUAAUGGCUGAAAGGGACGUCAUUUUGUACUGCGACUUUCAUGGUCACAACCGUAAGAACAAUGUCUUCAUGUACGGCUGUAACAACCGAGGUGAUGCUGCACCAAAUCUGCGUGAGAGAGUCUUUCCUCUUAUGAUGAGCAAGAACGUCAGCAGUAAGGUUAGGGCUCCAAGUCAACACAAGAACCUUCAAAAGUUUCAGCAUUUCGAUCUUGACAUCUGUAUCACUCUAUCGCCUCGUCUUUAGUUCUCCUUUAAGAGCUGUAAAUUCCGGGUGCAGAAGAGCAAAGAAGGAACGGGAAGGAUUGCUAUGUGGAAACUCGGCAUCAAAAACAGCUACACCAUGGAGGCCACAUUUGGAGGCUCCACUCUUGGUAAGUUGCCGUUUGUGUUUGUGUUUUUGGCUUGAAUAUUUCACAUUGCUCACAUCAUUUUCACCGAUAGGGGACCGAAGAGGAACACAUUUUUCCACUCGAGAUCUGAAGUCCCUCGGUUUCUACUUCUGUGACACCCUGCUAGACUACUGUGACCCUGAUCCAGCAAAGGUGAAAGACAGUGCUGCAUUUCUGACUAGAACUUAAAAAUGCAAAUUGACCCUUGGAUAAAUUUUUAAGCUUGAUUUUUGCAGUGUUAAAAUGUUUUAGUGUUAAAUAGUUUUGUGUUCAUGCAUUUUCAAAUUUUUCCUUUUUGCUUCUUAUUUCAGGUCAGCCACUGUCUGGCAGAGCUUGCUGUAAUGAUGAGAAAGAAGGUCAAAGAAAGGCUGGGCAGGGAUUUUGGCCAUGACUGUAACAUCUCUGUGUCUGACCUGGAAAGCAGGUGAUUAUUAUGUAUUAUUGAAAGCAAGCAUGCAAAAACACAUAUAGCUGCUCUGCUUCAGCUGGUUUUCUUUGAUUUACAGCACAAGUGGUUCAAAUAGUUCAGAAUCUGACGGACCCCCAGUUCAUUUACUGAACCAGCUCCAAAUUGUCAAUAAGGAGGUACAUCCCUUGAAGAACAGUUUUUUUAACUUAUUUAUUUAUUUUUACCAAUGAUAGUUUUAUUUGUUUGUUUUUGUUAACAUCAAUUUUAGAGCAAUAAAUCAUAUGGCUCAAAAAUGACUCUCCCAUCAAUUCUUCUUAGUCAGUUACUAAUUGAUCAAAUUUUCAUUCUUUCUACUGCAGCCAAAUCCAGAGAAGAAGAAGAAGAAACGCCUGAAGAGUCACAAAGAGAGGAACAGACUGCGAGCAGAGAAUGUGAACAGUAACACACAGCCAAAAGUCCUGCAAGGCAAUAACACAAAUACGGUAAAACUGACUGACCCAAGUCUCAGAAUUAUCUGUGUUAGAGCAACUCUUUAAUUUACUUACCUUAUUUUGGAUCUUGUCAGUAUUAUUUUAAAAAUUAUGUAUUAAAUUACAAAAAAUGUACAAAUCUGUAAACACCAGAUAACACUAAAUAUGCCCUGAGACCAUUAUAUCAUUAAUAAUUGGUUAGAGCACUCAAUGGGUAGGUCAUAAUGAGGUACAAUGCCAUGCACACUGAGGAAGAGUGAUGCACUGAACUUUUAAAAUGUCAUGUUUGUGUUUUCUCUUCAGCAAAAUCCAGCCAAGAGGAAAAGUAAGAGUCAUAAAUUGAUAAACAAGCAACAACCAGAGAGAGUCAACAGUCACACACAGCAAAGCAGCAUCAGAAAUUUUGUAAGGUUCAAUGACACACCAAGUGAUGCAGAGGUUGGUCAGAAUUAUGUUUAACUCACUUCAUUCAAGACUUAUUCAAAAAUUAUCUCUGCAGGAGUCUGAGCUGCCCCUGGAGGACUCAACAAAAGGCAGCUAUCAUGAGCAGCCCGCUGGAAAGUUCAGGAAAAAAUGGCAGGUAAGACGUAGAAUUAAAGAAGUUAUGCAGCAAUUCUUGUGUUGUCCCUGUUAAAUAUUGAAUUUUUUUUUAAGGUAAAUGGUAUGAUAAAAAAGGUGGUCACACCUCCCUGCCACCUCGCACCUCCUGCCACCUCACACCCAGGAGAGCUCACACGAGUAACUCUGUGGCAAGGCUGUGGACCUGUCAAGGUAAAGAUGACUGGAUCCACUCAUAAAAUUACCUUAUCAUCAUAAACUGUCGAGCAAUAACUGUCAUCUUCCGUAUUCUCAUCCACGCUCAUACCCACUGUGAGUUUUGUCUGGGUUUCUGGGGACGUUUUCUCUUUUCAGGAUGAUUCCCUUGAAAAGAUGAGAGCUUCUUACCUGUGUUGCAGAGUGAAACCAUGCUCACGUCACGUCACAUACCAAGGUAAUGCUGAUUUUAGCUACAAUUUUUCCCACAGUGACAACAUUUCAUUCAGUCUUAAUGGAUUUCUCAUGUGUGGGCUGUAGCCUCCCGGUUGGCUGUUUAAGUUCUAUAGGGGAGCUGCGGGUCAUCUAAAAUAGAUAAUGUCAUUUUUUAUUUUUUUUUUUCAGUUUAAGUUUGUUUUUGUUGGCAUACAUGCGUUACAUCAAGCCCACUGUCACAUUAUUUUCUGCUAAUCGAAUAAAUAUUCAGAGAAAGAAGUUCACCCUAGCUAAAUCCAAAUGUUGAUGAGUGCUGUGAGACUAAACUUUAAAGAAGACCCCAGAACAUUUUAUGGUCGCACAAUCUUUAAGUUUGGCAAAGGUUGGCCUAGUUCACAGUGUAAAUCCUUUUGCCUUUAGUUUCUAUAUUCCAGUGUUGUUCUGCUGUUACAGAUGGACAAGUGAUGGGGUCACCACAGUUGAGAUGCAGCACUCAGCUACUACACCUCAGCCCUCCCCACCUUCCAUCUUCACCACAUUUCAUAAGAUCAAAUCAGCAAAGACAUAAAAGACGCCAAUCAUCUCUAGUCCCCUGCAAAGUCUUCAAAGGUUUGUCCCCUUUUAACUGUAGUUUUGUAAUCUCUUAGUCAGUUCAAGCAAGGCUCUGGUUGUAGCAUAUUAAAAUAAAUCUCCCUCUUAGGGCUGCAGCCUCCCCUUUCACCACCCAGAAGGUAAAUCUUACAGUCACUGUAUCCUAACAAAUAGAUGUUUUACGGCUGUAUGAUGAGUACAUUUAAAGUCAUUGUAAUGUUUGUUCUUUGGCAGGUCUCCUCCCAUUUAUAUCCAGAGGAUCCCUAACAUUAAAUCAAAUUCAAGUUUGAUGUCUGACCGGUCAAAUAGCUGGCAUGUUUUUAGAGAAAGAAACUCAGAACGAUUCUUUUUGCCAGAGGAUUCCUCACAAGAAGACAUAACAGAGGCCAAACAACACAAACAGGAAGAAGAUUCCUUCAAAGGUGCCAUUAUCAUGACUGAUUAAUAUAAAUACACAGGAGUUAUUUCUAUUAGAAAUAGAUUUGCUUUAUUUUUGGGGUCAAAAUACUAUCUCAGUCUUUACUUGGCCUUUUUUUUUUCACCUGGUCUAGUCAAUUUGUCCGAGGGUUUGUUCCAGUUGAGGUGUGAAGAGCUAAAUCAGAGUGAUUUUGCCCCUGGAAUCUUCCUGGAAGGAGCUCAAUCACACAACAGUUAAUUUGUGCCAGCGCUGAGGGAGAAUGACCAAAAAGGAAAAAAAGUAAGUCGUUGUCUGUUCUUUGCCAUGCAUUCAAAAAAUGCUCUGGCAGUCAUGGCAGUCAGAGGAUAUGGACAUUAGCACCAAUCAUUGUGCAGAGAUUCAGAAAAGCGUUUUCAAUUAUAACUCACAUUUAUGGAUUUUAGAGCUACAUUUCAUUUUUCAAUUCCCCUGUGCUUUUUCUCCUGUGUCAAAACCCUUAGGCACCAUGAAGUUUGAAGUUUCAUGUCCAGAGACAGACACCCUCAGUCGGCUGCAGUCUUCGGACAUCAGGCACAAACCCUCCGGAAGAGAACGCCAGAAACGCACAACUAUAAAGGAAGCAGCUGACACAGAUUAUCUCUGUCCAAACAAAAAAAAAUCAAAAGCUGCAAGCAGAACUGAACAAGAUGCAAUUGUUAGGGGUUUUUAACUUACAGGAAAAUACUUUGAUGUUUCAGCAAUGACUAAACAAACCAUUUCAAUGCACUGAUUCACUGGCCAUCUGUAGACUCAAACCUUUGAUGGUUUCAUCUUCCGACCAAACCAUUCCUGAUCAUCUUGCAAUUACAAUUAUGUCAUUUAGCAGCUGCUUUUCUCCAAAGGGACGUACAUACGAAUCAUACACCGCAGAGGAUAUAAACUGGGAGCAAAGUAGGAUAAGUGUCUUGCCCAAGGACACAACAGACAGACGAGGGAUGAGUGGGAAUCGAACCGCCAACCUCCCAGUUGUUGGGCGACUGCUCUACCUCCUAAGCUACUGCAAUAACAAUAAACGUACAAAACUGGAA